AGAUUAAAUUACUCAGCAAGAAAGAUUAUUAUUCACAGAGAGAGAAAUGGCUUUUUGCUAAGAUUUUUUCAAAUUUUCCCGUUUGUUUUCUUGGAUUGAGUAAGCUAGAAGUCUCAUCAUCAGGCACUGAAGACAUACUUCACAUCAUUAUUCAUUUCCAUGACUACUAUAUGAGAGUACUUGUAUUUUAAGUUGAAGUGUUGGAUUAUAUUUGCUUCAGUUAAAAUAGCGUGUUCUGGUAGAAUCAUGAGGCGCUGGAAAACCUGGGAAAGUUUAUCUGUUGAGGAUUAUUUCGACGAAAUUACGCAACCGACUCGCUGGAACUCAUUUGAAACUCUGGACAAGAUGUCAUUAAAUGACGGUGGAUUAAAGCUGGCACAGAAAUCCGCAAGUAACCAAAGUGUUAUAAGCGACCCGUCUGCGCUAUGUUCUGUUUGCAAGCAACCCUUUCAUCGGCCUAGGUUUCUGCGAUGUCUUCACAGCUUUUGCAAGAGCUGCAUCGAAAGUCUUGCUGGAAAAACAAGUGGAGAAGCCGAAGGAACCGUUGUCUGCCCUAUAUGCUCAUUCCCGAGUGAACUUGGAAGUAAAGGAAUUGAAGAACUGCCUGUGAACUUUCUUAUACUCAAAAAUCCGAGUUACGUGGUAGAGGAAAGAAAAAGUCCCAUCAAGUGUGGAAAUUGUGAAGAUAACUCCGAGGCUACCGGCCAAUGCAGUGAAUGCAAGGAAUAUUUGUGUGACAAGUGCACAGCUGCUCAUAGAAGAGUGCGUGUUACGAGAGACCAUCAGAUAAUUCCUCUGAGUGAGUUAGCGAAAGAAAAUGACGAUAAUAACAAUGUUUGGAACCCCGAUAACUGCUCGGAGCACAACCGUGAAGAAGUGACGUACUUCUGCUCAACAUGCAACAAACCUAUUUGUCGAGAAUGCACUGUUGUGAGUCAUCCAAAAACAACUCACUCAUUCGAACCACUUAAAGAUGCAUCGAACAAGCACAGGCAAGAAAUAACUGCGCUCUUGGAUACGAUUAAACUAAGGACUCCUUUUGUAAAAAGAGCUUUGCUAGAGAUCGAGGAAGCAUGUGAAGAUAUACCUCAACACACAAUUGCAAUGGAAGAGCAAAUUCGAAGUUCAACAGCACGCUAUAUAAGAGCGUUGAAACAGCGUGAGGAACAGUUGUUGGACGAUCUGGGAGCCAUGAGAGAAUAUAAAGCCACAUUGCUGGAACAGCAAAAGGAACGUUUAUACAAAGGAUUUAGGGAUAUUGAGAGCAACUGUGGUUUGGUGGAAAAGUUACUUCAAGAAGGAAACGCAGCUGAAGUCGCCAGGGUAAAAGACUUUAUGACAGGACGACUUCGAGGUUUAACAAGCAUGAUUCAAGACAUGUCACCAUCCGAGGGACCUGAAUUUGAUUACGUCACUGAGGAGGACCUACUGUUUGACGUCAUCAGCCGAGGUGGAAAGCUGGAGAGCCGCACCAGGGCUCCCGCUGUGCGCCUUAUCGGGGAGGGACUGUAUAACGCUGCAGUAGGCAAGACCUCAAGUUUUGUUUUAGCUGUGCGAGAAGAUGCUUCGAUAAACAAAGCAAACUUGGAUGUUCGGAUUGAAACUCCCGAUCUGGUUAUUCUCACUUGUGUCAUUAAUGAACACAGCUCAAAGAUUUUCACGCUCAGUUACACGCCUAGAAUUCAUGGUGAACACGUGAUUACCGUCCUGGUGAAUGAAGAACACGUAGAAGAAAGCCCUUACACAGUGAAUGUAAAGAAAGGUCACAUGUGCUUUGCUACUAAGUCGCUCCCAGUUUGCUUACGCUUUGGUUACAGAGGCAAAGGACGGGGCGAAUUCAGAAACCCAUCCGAUGUUGCCGUGGCCAGUAAUGGAGUUAUUGCAGUUGCCGACUCACUAAAUGAUAGAAUUGAACUGUUUACAAGCAAAGGAGGAUUUAUGCGGCAGUUUGGAGGCUCUGGAGAUGAAGUUGGCAGGUUUAGCUCGCCAACUGGUCUUUGCUUUUCCCAGAGUGGACAAAUAGUCGUCGCUGAUCAACAAAACAACCGCGUGCAAGUGUUCAGUUUGGACGGAUUGCUUUGUAAAGUAAUUCAAAAUAAUGGGCGAAAUGGGGGAAGUUUUAAGAAUCCCACGGGUGUUGCUGUGGACGAAGAAGGGCAACUGCUGGUAACAGAUCAACAGAAUCACAGAGUCGUGAUUUUUAACAACCUAGGCGUUUAUUGCAACCAGUUUGGGUCCCUGGGAACUAAAGAUGGUGAGUUUAACAACCCCUCCUACAUUGCCGUCACUCAAGAGGGCGAGAUAUUUGUCACGGAUACCUCAAACCAUCGAGUGCAGAUUUUUGACUCGAUGGGAAAGUUUCAACGAAAAUUUGGGAGGCCCGGAACUGGGGAUGGGGAGUUUCACUAUCCCUCGGGAAUAACAGUUGAUUCAUCCGGGUAUAUUUUCGUUUCUGAUCGCACCAAUCGCGUUCAAGUAUUCAACUCUCACUUGCGUUUCGUCACCAAGUUUGGCGGGAAAAUAAGUGGCGACGGACAGCUAAGCAACCCGCAAGGCAUUGACUACACCCCAGAAGGCCGGAUUGCUGUGGCCGACACUGGAAAUAAUUCCGUUAAGGUUUUCUACUUCCCAAACGAGUAACUAAAUAGUUUUGAAAGUUUUUUGACCUCUUCUAAGUGGCGUACAUCAUGAGUGACUAAUAGGGUUGAAGAAAUGUAAGCUAAGUCCGCCUAGUGAGUUCUUAAAUAAUUGAAAGGAAAACUCACAGUAACAGGGAACACUGAACUUCAGAACUUCUCGGACGCCUCUCCAAUAAAGCUCGACUCUCCGAAGAUAAACGAAGACCAAGAUUUCGGAGAAAAAGAGCUUUCCAGAUAACUCAAAACCCAUUUUAGCUACCCGAAUCUAUUUUAAACGUUUUCCCCAGUUUUACUCUGAGAGUUAAACUUGUUCAUUUUACUAACCUGCAAAAUAAAAUACCUACAGAUGAUUAUUACUUGGUUCAAAGGAACAGUGGUAAAGAGAUGAUAAAAAUGGUUAGAAAUUCCAAAGAAUUUUGACUACGUCAGGCAUAGUUACUGUUUUCAUGAAAAAUAAUUGAAUUGAUGUGUAACGUACUUUACGUAUAUGCUCUCAAAGGAUAG